AUGCAGUCACAAUCACUAAAACUCACCAUCAAAUUGAAGAUUGACAAAUCUGACAACAACUCUUCGCCAACUGUUGACCAUCCGAGUAGUGUAGACCGAGAACCCGAUGCUUCGAGUAGUUUUAAUCUUCCGAACAACCCAUCAACGGACUCCAAAGAUGAAGUGGAUUUGAGUUGUACAGACACACGGGAAAAUCACUGCACAGAAGAUGAAGAGCAAAAUGAAAUUUCUAAGUAUCAGCUGGUGGUUUAUGAUCCCAGUAUAAAUGGUACUAAUGGAAUUGUUGAAACUAGUGCUUCUCGAGACUCCAUUGUUCGUCGGCCUUCAAGAUCUAAUCCGUUUGCAUCUGUGGGGGCUUUUACUGUUCAAUGCUCUAACUGUUUCAAGUGGAGGGUCCUCCCAACAAAGGAGAAGUACGAGGAAAUAAGAGAGCAUAUUACUGAACAGCCUUUUGUUUGUGAAACGGGCCGCGAGUGGCGACCCGAGAUUUCGUGCGAUGACCCGCCUGAUAUAACACAAGAUGGGAGUCGGCUUUGGGCGAUUGACAAACCGAACAUUGCUCAACCACCUCCAGGCUGGCAACGACUCCUGAGAAUCAGAGCUGAAGGAGGCUCCAAAUUUGCCGAUGUGUAUUAUGCUUCACCAUCGGGCAAGAAACUCCGAUCAAUGGUUGAAGUUCAAAGGUACCUUAAUGAGCACCCAGAGUACAUUAAUGAAGGGGUUAGCUUGUCUCGAUUUUCCUUCCAAACCCCAAAACCUUUGCGCGACAACUACUUGCGAAAGCGUCCUGCUCAAGAUGCACUAAAUAAUGAUACCGGUGCUAAUGGGAUUUCACAAGUUCAACCCAUAUCAUGGAUUGGUCCUGAAGUCGACACGGACCUUCAGCUCAGUGGGCCUAGGCUGUCGGCCGACUAUUCCAAUUCUCGUGGUUCGAACCCUGAAGUUAGAUCGACAAAGAAGAAAGGCCCGAAAAGGGCCCUGUCUGAGCAAAGGUGUGGUGCUGAUUUGGGUGAGUCUCGUCAGCUUUGA